CACGGAGCGAAGGCGGAGACAAAGAAUUGGAGCUGUGGGGAACUGAGCAACGUGAGCCUUGCGGCCUUGAGGCCAGCGACUGUUCGGCGUGAGAACAAAACCGUAGGAAAGGGGCGCGUCCGUCAUGUUUUGUGAAAAAGCUAUGGAGCUGGUCCGGGAACUGCACCGCGCUCCCGAAGGGCAGCUGCCCCCUUUCAACGAGGAUGGAAUCAGACAAGUUCUGGAGGAAAUGAAAGCUUUAUAUGAACAAAACCAAUCUGAUGUGAAUGAUGCAAAGUUAGGUGGACGAGGUGAUUUGAUACCGACCAUCAAAUUUCGGCACUGCUCUCUGUUGAGAAAUCGACGCUGUACUGUAGCAUACCUGUAUGACCGGCUGCUUCGAAUCAGAGCCCUCAGGUGGGAAUAUGGCAGCGUCUUGCCUAGCGCUUUACGGUUCCACAUGUCUGCUGAAGAAAUGGAGUGGUUCAAUCAGUAUAAAAAGUCCCUUGCCACUUAUAUGAGGUCCCUGGGAGGAGCUGAAGGCCUGGACAUCACACAAGACAUGAAACCACCAAAAAGCCUAUACAUCGAAGUGCGGUGUCUGAAAGACUAUGGAGAAUUUGAAGUUGAUGAUGGCACUUCCGUCCUGUUAAAAAAAAAUAGCCAGCACUUUCUGCCUCGAUGGAAGUGUGAGCAGCUGAUCAGACAGGGAGUCCUGGAGCAUGUGCUGUCAUGACCAUGCCCCGCAGAGUGCUGAGCCUGACUGCCAUAACUUCUGCACCUUGGCCUCCCUGCCCUGCCUGCAACGACACAAAGCCAACCACCCCCAUUUAACCCCAGUCUCAGUCUCCAUUUGAAAUGAAUGUAUACUAGCUAAAAAUUUGAAA